GCAGUGUGUGAUGUCUCAGACUCGGAGGUAGAGAGUCAGAGCUGCUCGUCCGGCGGAUCUUCACCUCUGAAACAAACCCCCGGUGUCUCCUGUCAUCCUCCCCCCCUCUUCCCCUCUCACCUCCCCGGCUUCGCUCCUCUCUGGAGCCCCUGGAAGCUUCUCCCUGCUUUUUUUUCUUCUUCUUCUCUCUAAUCUCCUUCUUCAGCUCGACUUUGACCAACACUUUCUUCUGUGGGAUUUAGUUUUCUGUAACACUUCGCCGCCGCCGCUGCUCCCAUUCGGAUUUGCUCGCCAGUGAGAAGAAGAACCCCAAGAAUCGGCGAGGUGGAUCCGUGGAUGCGCCUCCGGGGCUCGAACUGGAGAUGGAAAUGCUGAUACUGUUAUUUCAUUCCUUGUGGAUAUUGCAGUGCAACACAGCGAGCGCCGACUCCAUCAUCCACAUCGGUGCGAUAUUUGAGGAGAACGCCGUGCGGGACGAUGAGGUGUUCCAGCUCGCCGUGUCCGACCUCAGUCUGAGCGAUGACAUCCUGCACAGCGAAAAGAUCACGCAUUCCAUAAAGCUCAUCGAGCCCAACAACCCUUUCCAGGCGGUGCAGGAAGCCUGCGAGCUGAUGAACCAGGGCAUCCUGGCACUGGUCUCCUCGACGGGCUGCGCCUCGGCCAGCGCCCUGCAGUCCCUGACGGACGCCAUGCACAUCCCGCACCUGUACAUCCAGAGGAACGGCGACGGCUCCCCCAGGACGGCCUGCCAGUUCAACCCGAGCCCCGGAGGGCAGCGCUAUACGCUGGCAGCCCGGCCGCCCGUACGCCUCAACAACGUCAUGCUGACGCUGGUGGAAGAGCUGCGCUGGCAGAAGUUCAUCGUGUUUUACGACGUAGAGUACGAUAUCCGUGGCUUGCAGGGCUUCCUUGAUCAGACGUCCCGUCAGGGUGUUGAUGUUGCGUUACAGAGGGUGGAUAGGAACAUCAGUAAAGUCUUCACCAACCUGUUCACCACCAUGAGGACGGAGGAGCUGAAUCGGUACCGGGACACGCUACGCAGAGCCAUCCUUCUGCUCAGCCCGCAGGGGGCGCACAUGUUCAUCCAGCAGGCUGUGGAAACAAAUUUGGCCUCCAAGGACAGUCACUGGGUGUUUGUAAAUGAGGAAGUCAGCGACACGGAGAUCCUGGAGCUGACCCACAGUGCACUGGGGCGCAUGACUGUGAUCCGACAGAUUUUCCCCCUGUGGAAGGACAGCAGCACCCGGUGUAUGAGGCAGAACCACCGGAUCUCAUCGCUGCUGUGCGACCCGCAGGAAGGAUACCUGCAGAACCUGGAGGUGUCCAACCUCUACCUGUACGACAGCGUUCUGAUGCUGGCCAACGCUUUCUACAGGAAGCUGGAGGACAGGAAGUGGCACAGCAUGGCGAGCCUAAACUGCAUCAAAAAGUCGACCAAGCCAUGGAACGGUGGCUGGUCCAUGCUGGAGACCAUUCAGAAGGGGAACAUCACAGGUCUGACAGGCAUCAUGGACUUUAAGGAGAGCGGCUCAAACUCCCACGUCCAGUUUGAGAUCCUUGGCUCCAGUUUCAGUGAGACCUUUGGCAAAGACAUCAAAAGGCUGGCGACAUGGGACUCUGUUCAUGGGCUGAACGGCAGCCUGAAGGAGAGUCGCAUAGAGAACGGGAUGCAAGGGCUGACGGUUAAAGUGGUUACUCUGUUGGAGGAUCCUUUCGUCAUGGUGGCAGAGAACAUCCUCGGGCAGCCCAAGAGAUAUAAAGGAUUCUCCAUCGAUGUCCUGGACGCCCUCGCUAAGAUCCUGGGCUUUAAAUAUGAGAUCUAUCAGGUCGCUGACAGCAAAUACGGCUCUCAGCUUCCCAAUGGCUCAUGGAAUGGGAUGAUUGGAGAUCUCAUCAGCAAGAGAGCCGACCUCGCCGUGUCAGCCAUUACCAUCACACCAGAGAGGGAGAACGUGGUCGACUUCAGCAAGCGCUACCUUGACUACAGCGUGGGCAUCCUUCUGCGGAAAUCCGAAGAGAAGAUCAACAUCUUCUCCCUGUUUGCGCCGUUCGACCUGGCCGUGUGGGCCUGCAUUGCAGCCGCCAUCCCAGUGGUGGGAGUGCUCAUCUUCCUGCUCAACAGGUUGCAAGCUCUGCGCUCCUUCUCCUCCUCCCAGAAUGCACCGCCGGGCCAUCUGUCCAACGGAGUGGGCUCGGGCACGCUGCACAGCGCCAUCUGGAUUGUUUAUGGAGCAUUUGUUCAGCAAGGGGGUGACGGCAUGGUCGGCUCGGUGGCCCUGCGGAUCGUCAUGGGCAGCUGGUGGCUCUUCACGCUCAUCGUGUGUUCGUCGUACACGGCCAACUUGGCGGCGUACCUCACCGUGUCACGCAUGGACCACGCCAUACGGUCAUUCCAGGACUUGGCGAGGCAGAUCGACGUGGAGUACGGCACAGUGAGAGACUCCGCCGUCUACGACUACUUCAGGAAUAAAGGCACGAACCCUCUGGAGCAGGACAGCACGUACGCAGAGCUGUGGAGAACCAUCAGCAAGAACGACGGCAUGGACUUCUCCGUGUCCAGCCCGUCAGAAGGCAUCCGCAAGGCAAAGAAGAGUCCUUACGCUUUCCUGUGGGACAUGGCGGUGCUGGAGUAUGCGGCGCUGACGGAUGACGACUGCACCAUCACGGUUUCAGGAAACAGCAUGAGCAGCAAAGGCUACGGCAUCGCCAUGCAGCACGGCAGCCCAUACAGAGACCUCUUCUCUCAGAAGAUCUUGGAGCUGCAGGAGAAAGGCGACCUGGACAUCAUGAAGCAGAAGUGGUGGCCUCGCACCGGCCGCUGCGACCUCAGCAGCCACGCCAGCGCCCAUCCCGACGGCCGCUCCCUCAAGCUACACAGCUUCGCUGGCAUCUUCUGCAUCCUGGCCGCCGGCCUCUUGCUGGCCUGCCUGGUGGCCGGCUUGGAAGCAUGGUGGAACAGCAACCGCUGCCGGCAGGAGCAGCCCAAAGAGGUCACUAAGGAUUACAGACUGGCAAGGGUUUCUGGUCCAUUGACAUAUAAUGACAUUACAACUGCUUCAUCGGAGGGGAGGAGGGACAUUUGGACAGACAGAGAGAGAGGCUGGGAUGAAGCAGAAGCAAUUGAUACAGGACAAGGAGGUGAAUCUGGAACAGGUGCAUCGUCGUAUGAACAGUCUUUUGGACGAGGACUUGGCCCACAAGCAGAUCACCGGUCCCUCUAUCGAGAUCUCUGCGCUGGACAUCGGCAGCAUGCAGCCCAGCCAGGCCUCUCUGGUACCGGGGCCGGAGUCCGUGCGGGACUACCCGCCCUCGGCCCUCACUGUGACCACCUACCUGCCCGGGGAGGGACCCCCACCUCCCCCUCUUCCCCACCCUCACCAUGGGGGGACCCUAGGCAGGACACUGCCCCCAUCCCAGGGCCCUGGCAGCACCACGUUGCCCCCGCACCACCCUCUCAGCAGCACCAGCCUCAGCGGCACCAUGCAGUGCAAACACCGGGCUCCCAACGGGGGGCUCUUCCGGCAGAGCCCUGGCAAGACACCCAUGCCAAUGUCCUACCAGGCAGUCUCCGCAGGACCCAUACCCGAAGCCAUUGAUCCCACCCACAGUACAUCCAUAUAGAGACAGGAUGGGACGGGGGUGGAGGGGUGUGGGUGGCGGCCGCUCUGGACUUUACCCAGGUCGGCAUGGGGGGUGGGUUGGGCAGGUUUAGAAGGGGAAAAACAUGUAUAAAUUAAAAACAUUUUGUAUCCUACCAUCCGUUCAGAGAAUACGUUUAAAAGAGGGGGGAAAAAAAUGGGUAUGUGUGGGGCCCGGGGCGGGCAGACGGGUUCCGGGCGGGCUGUAAUUUUUUUCUGUACAUAUCUGUAAAUAUCGAGACAAUGAGUGAGGUCAAAGUGUAUUUUGAAUAUUCUCAAUUUUUGAAGUUGAGUUAUAAAACACGAAAAAAGAUAAAAAAUCUAUAUCUAUACACUGAUGAAACGUUCUGACUGUUUGAAUGGCUUUGUAAAUUUUGUUCAAUUAAAAACAAUGACGCGGAUUUCAUCGUGAUUGUUUUCUAAGUGCCGAAAUUAAACGAUGUCUCUCGCCACAACUCAUCCGUGUAAACGUACUACCCAUGAUGCACUGCUGUAGGGGACGUUGUAGUGUUGGACACCUACUGUUAUGCACCUCUGUACCAAACCUAUAUCCAGUAUACCUUCAGACUCAUCGGACAAAAAUGGUCACUCUUCCCCCUUUUGUGUUACUAUAAAAUAAACUUGAUUUUUUUUUUUUUCAUUAGGCCCGAGCAGCGAAGCUCUACUAUUUAUUUAUUUGUUUUUUUCAUUUCAAAGCCGAGGUCGACAUCUGUUCUUUUUUUGUAAACGGUGUUUGUAUGAGGAAGAGAUGUUUUUGUUUCACACAGUCGAAUACAUUGUUUAUAUGGACAUUUUCUAUUUGCCGUCGCUUUUUAAAAAGAUGAAUGAAAGGAAAAGUAGAGCAAGAAGGUGAAGACUUCAGGCUGUGAUCACACAGACGCUGCCUGUAAUCUGAGGGAGAACUUCCACUUUUAUCGCUGUUGGACUUUGGGUCCCCUCAUGUUUCUAAUUAGUGGAUGAAGACGACCAUUUUAAAAUAUAAUCAAGAAAAUUUGCUCUUCAAAUGGAACAUAUCCAGCUUUGACCUGUUUAGAGAUGUGCUGAUCGGGUUUAUCAAACCUAACUGACUUUAGGUUUUCUCAGUUCUGAUUUUGACUGAUCGCUAUUUCUUUUUUCUUCUUUUUUUUCCAUCUGGAAUGUGACAAAACAACGGAGACGGUGGUUUACACAGAAAGCAGAAGCUGAUCCCAAUUAAUGCAUAGAUGUAGUUGCCUCAAACGUUUAUCCUUUCUUUUACUUAAAUGCCCAUAAAUGAAGAUGCUAUAUUCCAAUAAUAGGAGUUCUUAAUUUUGUUGCCCUUAACCAAUGGAGCAAGGAAGACAGUUUUUUUCAGUAUUUCACCAAGAAGUACCUGACAAUUAUCACCUCCCUACAUAUUUUAAUAGGAUAAUCUGCUAAAGCAUGAACUACUUACUUAUCCAAAUUUAUAGAUAUGACCUUUUUUGUUGUUGUCGUUUCUAAUCCCGGUAAGAAGCGAACAACCUGACUUGAUAAUCAAAUGUAACCAUCAGCAAUAUGAUAUUUUUCCUACAGGUUGCUACUUUUUUUUUAAACAGGUUUUACCAUCUUGUGGCGACAGCAUUUGCACAACCAAAUUCAAACUAGAAAAAAAAAAUGACUAGAUCCAUUUUAGGUUUCCCCAAUCCGAGGCCUCAGCAGCUGGAGUCCUGAAUGUUUUGGAUGUUUCCCUAAUUCAACAAUCCCACUUCAAAUGAAUAGUUUAUUAGUGGGUCUCUGCAGAGCUCGACGGCAUGCUGAGAAGGUAAUUCAGCAAUUGGAGUUGAAGCCGACCCAUCUUAAACCUGCCGGCCAUCUGCCCUUGAGGACUGGAAUGAGAUUUUGCUGAUAUAAAUGCUUUAAAACUAUCCCUGCAUUCAUGUAGGUUUUGAUACAUUGGCUUAACCGGAAGUAUAGAAUGAAAAAUAUAUAAUUGUCACCAGAGCUAGGUAAAGAUGAGAAGUAUCACACAAAGUAAGAUAACAUGUACUCCACAGCAUAAGUGUUCACAAAUCUGAGCUAAUAUGCUAAUACUGAGAUUAAUGCAAAACGAAGCGUUUCAGAAAUGCGUUUAGAAAAACAAGCUAGGUGGUGUAUAGGUGCUGUUGAAGACGACUCACAAUUUGAAGAGAAAAUACUUCUUUUCACUUGCUCAUUUAUCAGUUCAGGAGUGUCUAAGAAAUGAUUUAGUCCUCAACAGGUCUUAAACUAAGAUGAAUGCCACCACACAAUACUGGACAGCUAUGUCCAACCUUCUUGUUCUUAUUGAAUUUGGAGGGAGCGUAGAACAUUGGUCAUUUUUGCGUAAAAUUACCAAUGUAUCUCCCUGUGUACAUGAACCACUUUAGCCUCCCAGACAAGCCCAUCCUCUUAUUUAAACCGCAGUGAACUCCUGCCUAGUCCCUGUUCAGUAUAUUCUGUAAAACUCCAUACUUGUGGAAACUUUGCCGGCUUGAUGAUUGUUUUUAUAGAGGCUGUCAAAACAGUUAGAAGAAAGCUUAGGAAGCUGAACUACCAAGGUGCACAACUAUUGGUUGACGUUUGCAAGGCAGCCAAUCCAGAAGCACCAUUCAUUUCCCUUGGCGCUGACUAGCUGUACUCCCAAGAGCAGAGAUACGGAAUAUGUUAGCUUCUGCAGUAGCGCUCACAUCAUUUAAACUGUGAGAAUUAAUGCAUGUUAAGGUACAUCUGGUGUUUGAACUAACAAAACAGGCAAUUAUAAGGCUUUUUAAAAGGGACCUCAAAUAUCACCGGAUUUCCCUACCCUUUGUGAAUACCGGGGCUCCACUAUAAUCUCAACUCAACCUCAACUGACUCUUCAUGGCAGCUCUUUAGAUGGCACACUGGUUUGAACAUAUGAAGAGCAGAGGUGAAGGGAGAGAGGCCAGAGAAAAAGAAUCAAGGGAUUUCUCACUAGGAUAUCAAAGCAGAUUUUUGCAUCCUUGGUGUCUCUGAAAGUUAAAUUAUUCACACAGGGAAAACACCAGACCUCUCUUCACUGUAUCUAUUUAAAACAAGCUUUGCGUCCUUGUCGCCUUUCUUCUUCCAUUCAUGAUUUAAUCUGCCACAUUCUUCGUACAAUCUGGGUAAAGCCUAAACUCUGGCUGGGAUUAUUGCAGUGACCCAUACCCGACCUGAGCGAAAUGUUUACGUUUGGCAGACUUUGAGAUGGACUGGACCCAGGUGUAAUUUAGGCCACAACUACAAAUGUUGAAUUCCAUCAUUCUACCAAGAGAGACAUUAAUUCUUAAAUGAAGAACAUUUGAACAAUUGGCCAUGUUCCCAAGAAUAGACGUCAAGGAAUCGAGGCUUGUGUUGAACGGUUGAAGACCUAUCUGCAACUGUCCUUUGAGCAGAGAAGGCCACAGUAGAGAUGUUUCACUAUUACUCACUUGACCAUGUUUAGAGGAAACAAAACACUGCGUAACAGCACUGUGGUGGAGUGGAUAUGGGACUUGCCUUACAGCCACAGGCUCUGAACACUUCACAGUUGAUGGCUGAACCAUGAACUCUGCCAUGCACCAGUGUGUGCUAGAGACAAAUGUAAGGCCAUUUAUCUGACAGCUGAAGCCUGUUCCAAACAUGGUCGUCAGCAGUAUAAUGAGCAAAGACUAAACACCCCCCACCCAAAAGACACAAGGGCCAAAACACAAGAAUCAAGGUGUUGCUGUGGCUCAGUCAAAGUCUAGACCUCAACCUGUUUGAAACAUAAUUGUUGGACAUUUAGAGAGGUGGGCUAAGCACAAAACUCAGUGAAUUGAAAGAAGAGUGGGGCACAAAAUCAGACAGAAAAUCAAAGUUAUUGGUGUCUAAAGUGAUUCUAUAAACUGUUAAGUCAGAGUGAACAUAGAGCUUCCACACAGUGCUAUAAUGAUUUGGUUGUUUUCUAAAUAAUUAAUUUAAUAAUUAUUAAAUUACCCAAUGUGUUGUUAUUCUGAGGUGGUAUUAAUCUAAUUUUAAGGUGUGAUGAGGACCAAAUGAGGAAUUUUAUGUGCCGGAAAAUGUAAAACAUGUCAUAUUACAGUCUGAUAACCUCGUAGUACAAACGUAACUGGUGUUAUUCAAGAGGGUUAUUGUGGUGAUUUAGAACUAAAAUAACAUUUCCAUUUAAUCAUUAUGUCGUUAUCCCUUCUUUGAUCUGAGACUGAGAUGAGUGACAGAACCAAGUGAAAAUUAGGGGAUUCAUCAUGUUCAGCUUUUUACUCUUAGUUAUAUUUUGUGCUGAUUAGUUGUCCAGGAAUAUUUUUAAACAUUUGAAAAGUGGGUACUUCUUCAGUUGGCAGGGCAGAACAUGUACGAUGCAUAUCACUGUGCUAAAGUGGAUCCGUCGAAGUAGAUCCACCUGUUUUUAUCCGCUCGAAGGUUUUCGGCUCCCGUCUAAACAGACUCUACAUUGAUGUUUUCUAUCGGUGUCAGUAGUUGAUCUUGUGUUUCGGUUUGCUUUUCAAUCUGUGCUUCACAUCCUGACUGAGUGAAGACCCUGAGGUUACGGUUGGUCAGAUACGCGGAGGUGGAUUUUAUGUUCAAACUCCAGCGCCCUGAAUCGAGAUGAUGACACGAACUGUUGAGGCUGAUCGUCUGUCACGAGUCCAUCUCUGAGGGAAAUCCCUAUUUUAUUUAUGAAUAUGCUGCUUGGAGUUUCUUAAUCUUUAAUAAAGAAAUAUGG